ACCACCACCACCAAGCCAGCAGGUGCUGCGAUACAUUGCACACAACAACAACCCCAGCUCUGCCCCAGCCCGCCCACAGGAGUUCCCGCAUCUCCCUCUGGUCUGGUCACAGGAGUUCCGAGACCUCUCCAAUGGCGGUUAAGAUCUACGUUGUGUACUAUUCCAUGUAUGGGCAUGUUGGCAAACUAGCUGAAGAGAUCAAGAAAGGUGCCUUAUCUGUUGAAGGUGUUGAGGCUAAAAUAUGGCAGGUCCCUGAAAUUCUCUCUGAAGAAGUGCUUGGAAAGAUGGGCGCGCCCCCUAAGCCCGACGUGCCAGUCAUCACACCGCAGGAACUUGCAGAGGCUGACGGUAUCCUCUUUGGGUUCCCGACAAGGUUCGGAAUGAUGGCAGCUCAGAUGAAGGCGUUCUUCGAUGCCACCGGUGGGCUCUGGAGGGAGCAGAGCCUCGCUGGCAAGCCUGCCGGCAUGUUCUUCAGCACUGGAACCCAGGGUGGUGGCCAAGAGACUACACCGCUGACGGCGAUUACCCAGUUGACGCACCACGGCAUGGUGUUUGUGCCCGUGGGCUACACCUUCGGCGCCAAGCUGUUCGGCAUGGACCAGGUCCAGGGUGGCAGCCCCUACGGCGCCGGCACGUUCGCCGCCGACGGCUCGAGGUGGCCGAGCGAGGUGGAGCUGGAGCACGCCUUCCACCAGGGGAAAUACUUCGCGGGCAUCGCCAAGAAGCUCAAGGGCUCUGCUUGAUCUGCACAUACCCCUCUGUCAGAUAUCAUAAAACAUUUACAGAUUCGUCAUACCCGUCACCGUCAAUAGAUUGGUCUGUGUUCUCUCGUGGUGCCUCGAUGCUAUGUAGUUCAUUGGUACUGCUGCCGUAUGAAUUUCGAUGAUUGCUCUGGUGACUUGGUUUGUAAUUUGGAGUUGGACUAUCGUUGUUUCUGCCGCAUAAAUUUCGAUGAUUUGGUCAA